AUGGCAAGGAAAGACAAGGACUCUGGGCCAGAAUUCGUGCCCUUGACGAACCGGUCACACAGCUCUUCCGCUUCCUUCAGCUCGACAGAUUCACUGUCUUCUGACGGCUCCCUCUUUGGCGAGGAUGACGUCGACGCGCUGCCAUCUCUAAAGACGACGAGGACAAAAUUACCGGAAGAAGCGCCCUAUCGCGAUAUCGACGAGGACGUGGAAGUUGAGAGAGGAGAUGAUACAUUCUUGCAGCCGAUACAGAAAUCAAAAAGACAAAGAGGCAGUCGAUUGAUAUGGGUGGUUGGAUUGUUGUGCUUGGGUGGUUGGAUAUUGGCAUUCGUAUUGUUCUGGGGUCGGCGGAAUAAUAAUAGCGAUUUGAGCUCUUCGAUUGCGGCUGUUCAUGACGCCGAUAGUGCUACCGGGGCUACGAGUUAUGGGAAGCCGCUCACGCUGGACAGCGUUCUUAAUGGCUCCUGGGGCAGGAGGAGACACUCGAUAUCUUGGAUUGCCGGGCCCACUGGCGAAGACGGGCUUUUGCUUGAACGUGGUGAAGACGGCAAGAAAGGAUACCUACGAGUGGAAAGCAUACUCAGUCAUCAAAAUGAGAGUAAUGCUGGAGAGGGGUGGGUUCUCAUGGAGUCUGGUACUAUUGAGGCCAAUGGGCAAUAUAUGCAACCUUCGGAAACCUGGCCAAGCCCUGAUUUCAAGAGUGUACUUGUUGCUGUGGAUUCCGUGAGCAAUUGGCGGUAUUCUUUUACUGCUACAUAUUGGAUUCUUGACGUGGACACUCAAACGGCGCAACCCCUUGAUCCAGAUGAGCCUAAGGGCCGUAUACAGCUUGCAUCGUGGUCUCCACAAUCCGACGCUGUCGUUUUCACACGAGACAACAACCUUUAUCUGAGAAAAUUAGACUCAGACAAGGUUACCCAACUCACAAAAGAUGGCGGAAAGGACGUCUUUAACGGCGUCCCUGACUGGGUCUAUGAGGAGGAGGUCUUUGGCACAAAUAGUGCAACGUGGUGGUCCAAUGACGGCAAAUACGUCGCUUUCUUACGCACAAAUGAAUCCAUGGUGCCCGAAUUUCCCAUAGAGUAUUACAUGUCUCGACCGUCAGGAAAGAAGCCCCCGGCUGGUCUGGAUAAGUACCCAGACGUCCGCAAGAUCAAAUACCCCAAAGCCGGAUCUCCCAAUCCGGUUGUGACGCUUCAAUUCUACGAUGUUGAAAGUGCGGAGGUGUUUUCUGUCGACGUCUCGGGAGGCUUUUCUGAUGAUGAUCGUCUUAUAACAGAAGUUGUUUGGGCUUCCAAAGGAAAAGCGCUUGUCAAAGAAUUCAACCGAGAAAGUGACGUUGUCCGCACAGUGCUCAUUGAUGUUGCUUCAAGAGUGGGGAAGCUUAUCAGAGUUGACAACUUUGCGCAGGACGAUGGAGGUUGGGCUGAGGUAACUCAAUCAACUACAUUUAUUCCCGCAGAUCUGGCCAAUGGUCGUCCAGAUGAUGGCUACAUUGAUAUUAUUGUCCAUGAAGGUUAUGACCACUGGGGGUAUUUUACUCCUAUCAACAAUUCAGUGCCUAUUCUUCUCACCUCUGGUCCCUGGGAGGUGGUAGAUACAGAACCUGCAGUUGACCUUAAGAACAACAUCGUCUAUCUUGUUGCAACAAAAGAAUCACCAUCGCAGCGACACGUCUAUAGCGUCAAGCUUGACGGAUCAGAUUUCCAACCACUAAGCGACGUAUCCAAGGCGGGAUAUUACGAUGUGUCUUUCUCAAUCGGCGGAGGAUAUGCACUACUAAGCUAUGAAGGACCUCAUGUUCCUUGGCAAAAAGUAAUCAAUACACCAAGCAACCAGAAUCGCUUUGAAGAAGUUAUCGAACAGAACGAACAACUGUCUAACAUGAUUGAAAAAUAUGCCUUGCCUGCCGAAAUAUAUCAAAACAUCACUAUAGAUGAGGUCACUUUACAGGUUGUUGAACGACGACCACCUCACUUCAAUCCGAUCAAGAAAUACCCCGUCCUGUUCUGGUUAUACGGAGGACCAGGGUCCCAGUCAGUAGACCGAAGGUUCUCUGUCGACUUCCAGUCAUACGUUGCCUCAACACUAGGCUAUAUCGUGGUCACAGUCGACGGCCGAGGAACCGGCCACAUCGGUCGUGCAGCCCGAACGAUCGUCAGAGGCAAUCUCGGCUUUUGGGAAGCGCAUGACCAAAUCGAGACUGCAAAAGUAUGGGCCCAAAAAUCUUACGUGGACAAAGACCACAUUGCCAUUUGGGGCUGGAGUUACGGAGGCUUCAUGACGCUCAAAACACUGGAACAAGAUGCCGGCCAGACGUUCCAGUACGGUAUGGCCGUCAGCCCUGUGACCGACUGGCGCUUCUAUGACUCCAUCUACACCGAGCGAUACAUGCAUACCCCCGAACACAACCCGACGGGCUACGAGCAUAGCGCAAUCUCGAAUAUGACUACCUUGCAGCAAAACGUUCGAUUCCUCGUCAUGCAUGGCACGGCGGAUGAUAAUGUGCAUUUCCAGAAUACGUUGUCGCUGAUUGAUAAGUUGGAUGUGGCGGGUGUGGAGAAUUAUGAUGUGCAUGUGUAUCCGGAUUCAGACCACAGUAUAUUCUUUCAUAAUGCGCAUAAAAUGGUUUAUGACCGUUUAUCGUCUUGGUUAGUGAAUGCUUUCACGGACGAGUGGCAUCAUGUUAACAGCGCUUUGCCGGUAUCUUAG